ACCGUUACGUUCGUCUGUCUCUCUCUAGUCUCUACCAACGACCGUAUCCCCACUGUGGCUGACUUUCAGUCGUCUUCUCCCAACAGGCGUUCUUCCUAUGGCUAUUUUUGAUGGAUCUGUCUGUAGUUUGGGGCGCGACAUGAGUACAAAAGUUCUUCUUUCAGGCUUCUUGGUUGGCUGCCGUGAGUCAACGUACGGCUAGCUUAUGCUAACGUCGCUAGCAUGUGGUAACGUAAGCCGGCGAAGUUAAGUAGCGUUAACUCUCCGACGUAAACUACCGACUUUCCCCCUAUGGACUGCUUUUGUGUGUUUUUUUUCCUCGCAGCCGUCUACUUUCCGUUUGGUGACGCUAAAUCCCGUCAACUGACCUGGUGUGGGAGCUAAAACGCUAACAGUAGCAUUAGCACUCCUGGUUGAGUCUUUUUCUGAUUCAUUUCAAACGGUCAGCUUGUGUCACCUGCUGCCAAAAUGAUGGACUUUGAUAAUAUUUUGGAUAUCGCCACGCAAAAUCGGACCCCCGGCAAUUCACAGCAGAAGAGAUACAGUUUACAAGCUGCGCCUCCCAAAAAGCACCCGACGUCGAAAGGUGUGAGUGCUUCAGCUGUGCAGGCGCUUCUGAAGAAACAAAGCUGCGAUAGCAAAAAGAAAGAAACCAAUAUGAAGAAACAGAAGGAGGACCUACUGGCAAAGAGGGUUGAGAUGAAGUCGGACCGUAAGGCGCGAGCCAUGGCGUCCAGAACUAAGGACAAUUUCAGAGGCUACAAUGGCAUUCCGGUGGUCGAGCUUCCUAAGAAAAGACGAUCCAAACUAGAGAUGCAGCAGGACAGGUCGAUGAACGAGGAAGGCUUCAGGAAUAACUCGAUUGACCCAGAGGACGAAGAGGAUAUGUAUGAGUAUGAAAAGUCAGAUUCAGAAUCGGAGCAGGAGCCAGAGCUGCGCAGACCUGGGAAAACCACAAGUUUUCGAGGAAAUAGUGGUGGUGGUGGCGGCAGCAGCAGCAGCAGCAGCAGCAAGCCCUCCUCUAAAAAAUCCAGUGGACCACCCAAGCCCGCUCCACCUCCAAUGAACUUUGCAGAGUUACUCAAAUUGGCAGAGAAGAAGCAGUUUGAGCCAGUUGAGGUAAAAGUCAAGGUAGGGAAAAAAGAGGACCGGCUCCGAACAGCUGACGAGAUAAAGGAACUGGAGCAGGAGCGCAGGGCUCUGAGGCCGAACAAAGACUCUCAGGCAGAAAGAGACGGCAGAUCUCAGUCUAGCUCUAGUUCAAUGAGAAAAGGCUCUUCCGAGAAGGAGCAAAAGAGCUAUAAACCACAGAAGACCUCCUCAGAGAAGCAAAGUGUUCCCAGUGGGUCAGGAAAGAGGUUGCAUCCAACACUGACGCGUGAUAAAGGCCAGACUUCUUCUAAGCCCUCUGCGGGGGACAGAGAGAGAGAGAGACCCAAGAUGUCUCACAGCGAUCGAGACCGAUCCAAGACAAACGUGUCGAGUUCCUCUGGUGCCAUAAAUGGUAAAAGUACUUUGAAAGCCACAUCUUCUCAUGUUUCAGCCAAGCAAGGGGGGCUCAAGCCCUCGUCUAGCCACAAAUCCAGCACCUCAAGUGACCUUAACCUCAAAAAAGAAAGCUCGUCGAGAGCCUCGGGUAUUCCUGGGACCAGGGCUCCUGGCACGGCUGCAACAGGCCAAAGAUCUCAACCUGGGAGCUCUCAGCAGGCCAGGACCAGUCAGGGUAGCUCAUCAAAGCAGGGACCUAUAGUUGGGGGUCACAAGUCUGGAAAGACGGAACCACCAAGGCCUGGAUUUAACUCUGCUGGAAAAUCAAGCGGUAAUUCUGCGAUGAGACCUUCAUCGGGCGGUCCUCCUAAGGCCGGGGGCCAACCUCAGUCGAGGCCGCAGGGCACACCCCAGGCAAGAGCUGGUGGGAGUGGCCUACAGGGUCAACCUCGAGGUGGUGGCUCUCGACCUCCGGGAAAUGGACCUGGUCGUGGGGGACCAGCAGCUGGGCGACCGGCUGGGAGCAUCGGAUCAGGACCUGGAAGCAUGUGCACCGUGGUGUCUGAGACCAUUUCAUCCAAGAAUUUUGGUGGACCCAGGCCAGGAGUCCCACCUCGGCCAGGAAUGCCACAGAGUCCUAUGAUGAACAGACCACCAGGCACAAUGUUACCACCCAUCGCCUCUGGAUACAAGAGGAGAUACGAGGAAGAGGAUGACGAGUGCGACUCAGAAAUGGAGGAUUUUAUCGAUGAGAAGGACGACGGUCAAGACGACAUUUCCAGGCACAUUAAAGAAAUCUUUGGCUAUGAUAAAAACAAGUACAAGGACGAGAGCGACUAUGCACUUAAAUUCAUGGAGAGCAGUUGGAGAGAUGUGCAGAAGGAGGAGGCCAGGAGCCUGAGAAUGGCCGUGCAGGAAGAUCUGGACGAGGAGAAGAGGGAUCAAGAGGACAUGAACAAGAGGAAAAAAAAGAACUGAAGCUCCUUUUUUGUUGUUGAGAAAUAGACAAAACCAAAACAAUCCCGCCUCCUGAAAGGCGUGACAGGCGGACUGCCAUGGAGCUCAGUGACGGCGUCCACCUUGACCGCUGUAGCUGUCUCUGCUUCAAUAUGACUGGACUCAAUCGGAGUGGAGUGGCACAUGGCAUUGGCUCCAGAGGGAAAGAAGAGAAUGUUAGUCACAGACUAAAUACCUACCAAUCAUUCAGCCACUAGUGUGUGUG